ACAAGAAGGUUACACUCGGCCUCCCUGACACACACAAGCAGCCAUGGCGGACGAACUACCUUACCGCGCCGAGUAUGCUAAAAGUUCUCGUGCUGCUUGCAGAACAUGCAAGGAAAAGAUAGAGAAAGCUACGCUGCGACUCGCCGUGAUGGUGCAGUCUCCAAUGUUCGAUGGAAGGGUACCACAUUGGUACCAUCAAAUGUGCUUUUUUGGAAAACAACGUCCCCGGACUGUAGCUGACAUUGCAGACUUUGAUAGUCUUCGCUGGGAAGAUCAAGAGAAGAUAAGAAAAAAAAUUGAAAAUGCUAGUGGUGGUGGUGCAGCUGUUGUUCAAGGCAGUAGCACUAAAGGACGAAAGAAAGCAGCAGCCAAAGGUGGUAUGCUGGAUUUUCUUGCUGAAUAUGCCAAGAGUGGCCGGGCUAAAUGUAGAGGAUGCGAGGACAAGAUAUUAAAGGAUGAAGUAAGAAUUAGUAAGAAAGAGUUUGACAGUGAAAGUGCAAAAAUGUAUGGGCCUGUGGAUCAGUGGCAUCAUGUGGAUUGCUUUGUAAAAAAGCGUGCAGAGCUAGAAUUUUUUGAGAGUGCAGACAUGCUUCCUGGGUUUAACACACUUUCUGCUGAUGAUAAGAAAAUGUUAAAGGAAAAGCUGAAGAAAAUUGAAGUAAAACGCAAGGCAGAGGACGAACCAGAUAUCGCAUCUAAAAAAAUUAAAACUGAAGAUGAGGAAGCUGUUCGUAAACAGAGCAAGAAAAUGUUUAAGUAUCGUGAUGGGUUAAGCAAAACACUGAAUAAAAAAGAACUUAGCUUUAUCUUGGAGCAUAAUAAUCAUUAUAUUCCCUCUGGGGAGAGCAAGAUUCUUGAUGCAGUUGUUGACAUAAUGACUUUUGGAGCAUUUGAGCCUUGUGAAGUUUGCAAAGAAAUAAAUUUCCGUUAUGUAUAUGGUCAAGGCUAUGUGUGUAAGGGUAAUCUUACAGAGUGGACGAAAUGUACAAAUGUUGUAAAGGAACCUAAAAGACAACCUUUUCUUGUACCUGAGGAACUGAAAAGUAAAUGCCCCAUCUUGGAUAGCUACAAGUUUAAGAGUGUUGGGAAAAGAAUUUGGAUCGAUCAUGGCCCAACCACUGCUGAGGUGAUUGAGAAAAAAGAAAACAAGUAAGUUUUAAAAGAAUUU